AAACUACAUUUCCCAUCCAUAUAAACUACAUUUUAAACCGGAAGUCCCUUCAGGAGCUUAUCAUAAGGCAUUCUGGGUAACGGCUUCUUUCUUUCCGGUUUGUACGCCAUCAUUUGAGGCAUCAUGGGUGCGUACAGGUACAUGCAGGAGUUAUGGAGGAAGAAGCAGUCGGACGUGAUGCGCUUCCUGCUGCGUGUCCGUUGCUGGCAGUAUCGCCAGCUUUCUGCCCUGCACCGUGCUCCCAGACCCACCAGACCUGACAAGGCACGGAGACUGGGCUACAAGGCCAAGCAAGGUUACGUCAUAUACCGGGUGCGUGUGCGCCGUGGUGGUCGUAAACGCCCCGUGCCCAAGGGUGCCACAUACGGCAAGCCCGUGCACCAUGGUGUCAACCAGAUCAAAUUCGCUCGCAGCCUGCAGUCCGUCGCCGAGGAGCGUGCUGGUCGUCACUGCGGAGGUCUCCGUGUGCUGAGCUCCUACUGGGUGGGUGAAGACUCCACAUACAAAUUCUUCGAGGUGAUUCUGGUCGACAUCUUCCACAAAGCCAUCAGACGCAACCCCGACACACAAUGGAUCACGAAGGCUGUGCACAAGCACAGGGAAAUGCGUGGCCUCACGUCAGCCGGCAAGAAGAGCCGUGGUUUGGGCAAGGGCCACAAGUUCCACCUCACCAUCGGUGGCUCCCGUCGUGCAGCCUGGAGGAGACGCAACACUCUGCAGCUGCACCGUUACCGCUAAAGUGUGUGUCGCACAUCUGUACAUUCAGAAUAAAGUACCUUUAUACGGUCCA